GCUAAUUCUGGUUUUGCCUUUUUGGGUUUCUUCGAGUUCUUGGUAUUUGUUGUUUCUUCUCCCUACGUACGGAGAAAAGUUGGAAUCCGUGAAUGGUGAUGUUCAUGGAUUCUGUUCUCAUUGAAAUGGGUUUUGCUGUUUAAGGAAGGGAUUGUUGGGAUUCGUUAGCUCCUUUAUCUUGUUGUGUAAUUUUGUACCCUUGGGUCUGGAAGAUUACGGUCUUUGUGCCCCCUAGAUGGGCAGGACGCUCUCUGGUGACCUAGUCCGUAUUAAAAGUCUAUGUUGUUCUUUUGUUUGUGCUUCUGGUUCUGUACACGCGUGAUUUUCUUCGGCCUCAGUUGAGCGGUAAAUUUGCGCUUAGUUUUUGGACACAAAUCGUGUCUUGUUUUCUGAAAUGUGUUGAUUUCACUUUGUUUUUCGAGUGUGUUCUUAUUUUGUGUUGGAGAGAAAGGGGAUCCUUCUAUUUCCAUAUUCAAGAUUCUUAUGCAUUAUCUUAUCUUGAGAUGGUUAAUGGGUCUGAAGAUUCAGCCCCCAAUCUUUAGCUGUCAUUUUGCUUCCGUCGAUGUCUGUUUCUCUGCACAAAGAAUCUACUGUCUGCUGAACUUGCAAUGGUUUAGAAGCAAACCUUCUUUUCUGAUCCUCUGCCACUUCUGCCGUUGUUAUAAUCUGAACUAAAUCAAUCGACAUCCUCAGUACUAGGUCACGUUGCCUCGUCUUGAUAUUGAGAGGUGAUGCUGAAUUUAGCUGAUAAUGAGGAAUGUAUCAUCAAAAAAACAUUUCUAGCACAAAAUUUGUUCACAGUGCCUCAAUGACUGGCGAACGGCAGAUAGAUAGCGGCUCCAUGGGACCAAGUGGUGGGAGCAAUAAUCUGAACAACUCGAAUCUAGCAUCUAGACAGAGAUUGAGGUGGACUCAUGAACUUCAUGAACGUUUUGUGGACGCCGUUCAACAGCUUGGUGGUCCAGAUAGAGCUACUCCCAAAGGGGUAUUGAGAGUCAUGGGGGUUCCAGGAUUGACCAUUUAUCAUGUCAAGAGUCAUCUACAGAAAUAUCGGUUAGCAAAAUUCCUUCCUGAGCCGUCAUCUGAAGGGAUGAAAAUUGACAAGAGGGACUCAGGUGACAUGUUUCCUAGCUUAGAUGCUGCAUCUGGCAUGCAAAUAACGGAGGCUUUGAGGUUACAAAUGGAGGUGCAAAAGAGACUGCAUGAGCAGCUGGAGGUGCAAAGGCAGUUGCAACUGCGUAUUGAAGCUCAGGGAAAGUAUCUGCAGAAAAUCAUAGAGGAACAGCAACGCUUGAGUGGUGUACUUGGGGGUGAUUUUUCUGCUGCAGGUAUUGUAUCAGCAACUGGUGAUCACUCACCUGAAACUGAUGACAAGACAGACCCCUCGACUCCAGCAGCAACAUCAGAGGCACCACCACUACAAGACAAAGGCACCAACGAGUCCACCAAAGAACUGACAAACUGCACUACCAAGAGUCUUUCUAGAGACGAAUCAUUCUCCUCUCGCCAUGAGCCCCUCACGCCAGAUUCUGGCUGCCAUGUCAGCCCUUCAGCAGAGAGUCCAGCAGGAGAGAGGCCUGUAAAAAAGCAGAGAGUGGCGAUGCCACAGUCUACGAAUGGAAGUGCAGGACAGAAGCAUGCGCAGCCAGCCAACAUGGCAAACGUAGGUGCCUCACAUUCUAAAUCAGAUUUGAUGCUUUCCCAUCCUAUACUGGAAUCAAGCACUGGGCUGACCUUCCAGCAGCAGAACAGUCAGGUUUAUCAGGUCGGCAGUAUCUCUGGAAAUUUUGAUUCGUUGACGUCACUCUGCGAGGAGUAUGGAUUUGAAAACAUGCCUGGUGGUGAUAGUAUGUAGGAGUUGGCUCACGCGGUGCUCCUUUUUUCCCGUUUUAUAGAUGUCUCUAGCCCUAGUCAAAAGUGUUUACCUGUAAGCAUUAGCUGGUUGCUUUUUCUCUCUCCUGUUCUUUUUUCUCUUGUUCCUUUAGUAAUUAUCAUGUAGAACUUUCCCUGUUCCCUAAUCGCUAGGAUUUGGUAUGUGGAAGCAGUUGCUUUGUCAAAUGGAAGCCUUCUGGUAAACGUGAUUUUUCAGGUUACCUUGUUCCUUGAAAUUAAGAAAGAACUACUAUAUUUCA